AACAACAUAGAUUGCUUUGAAAGUAAUUAUAGAACCACACAAUUUUGCUUUACUUAUGUUUUACUAAAAUGCAUUAACAUAUUUAUUAAAAAUAUUUAUUUUUUUACAUUUAUGGUUGUAUUCAACAAUUUCAAGUUUAAAGAUACAUUGUCUUGUUUUAAAAAAUAUGAAAACAUGAAAGCAGAAACAGAGAUACAGAUUUUUGUUUAACCUCACUUAUGUUUUAUUAAAAAUAAAUAUUUAUUCAAAUCUAUUACUCAAAUGUUUAUUGUGCAACAAUACAUAGUUUUGCUUUAAAAAUGUAUGAAAACAUUACAAAAUGGGAAACAGAUCUCAAUCUGAACUCAAAUAUUUAUCAUCACAUUCACAUUCAUUUUAUAGCUUUAUACUCUUUCUACUUGACAACUGUUGACUCAUUUGUGUCUGAAUGACACAUACCUGAGAGUGCCAUUAAGUUGAGAACUUCUGAGCUAGGAAUGAUCAUGAUUUAAGCCAGAUUUGUUCCUAAAAGUGAAUAAAUAAACUCUCAAAAAUGUAGCUGUUUAAAACACGAUCAAAUGCUCACGAUCACACAAAAUAUUAAAUAUUAUGUAUAUUUAAAAAUAAAUAAUACAUAUACUUUAUAUAUUUGGUUAGUAUAAUAUCCAGGACGUAUUCAGUGAUCAAAUCUUAUGGAAAAUCCAUUUAUUAUCCAUGAUUUAUUUUUUACACAUUUUAUUUGAUAUACUGGAUGUUCACAUCACGUUUUCUACUUUUUAAUUUAGCUUACAGGUAGCUAUCCUUUUCAAAUGAAUUUCAUUAAAUUUACUGCAUAAAGAGUCUCUUAUACUUAUAACAUGAGCUGAUAAACACGUAUGUGAACACAUAGCUACAUGUUGUACAAUUCACAUUGUUUUCAAUACGGCUAGCUCUUAAAGGGUCACACACACCCGAUACGUACAGAUUAUAUGCAUACAAUAAUCAGUUUACUCUUACUACUUGGAAAAAUCGCACAUUGUCAAAGUACAACAACUUAGUUUGUGUCCUGUAACAAUAUAUUGAAGAUAGUAGUAUGUCUUCCAGGUGUUUUCAACUAUGUUCUACAUAUCUCACAAAAGUGUUAUUAAAAAAACCUAAAGGCUGUUAAGCAGAACAUUAAUUCACGUCCAUUAAAAAAAUACUUUUUACUUUUCAUAAAUUUUUGCAUAUCUCUGGUGGAACAAACACCAAAGGCAUCUUUAAAUUGAGCGUGAAGACACAAUGCUGCAUAAAAGCUCACGCCUGCCCCGAACCACCUCAGCCUUUUAUAUCACAGCAUACAGAUAGACUUAAUACACGCGUAAUCGCUGUAUGAAUGCCGUCUCUGAGCAGCAUUAAAACAGACUGCGUCAAGACAAGAGCUUAAAAUAACUUAACUAGGUUCAAGAGACAGCUUCAAUAUGUAGGUAAAUACAAAAACAAAAUAUUGAAUAAUGUUAAUGCACGUCAAGUCAUGACCCUAUGUUAUAGGUCGUGACUGUGUUAAAAGUCAAUAACCUAUAGACUUUUAUGACAAUGGGGAAAAAUGCUUAUUGUAAAAAAAGGAGCUUUAUUUAAAACCAUAAUACAUUUACCUCAGUCAUUUAGCAUAUUGUAGGCUUACUACUAGAGUGUCUUAGAUGUCAUAAUUAUCGUAAUACAUCCCUCAUUUCCUUGCUUUUUGUCAGUUCCCGCAAAUCGCUCAAACUUACCCAUGAUGAGUCUAUCAAUUGAAAUAAACAAGUCAUCUUAAUAUUUCUUUGAAAUUUCAUAAUAACAACCAAACUUUGAGAACAUACGGACAGAUUUCUUAAAUACAUCUUAUUCAGCAAUACAAAUAAUUUUACCCUCAGUUCCUUCAAUCUCAGUUUCUUUUUUUUUUAUCCUAAGUGGGAGAAACUAAGCCAUGAGAAAAGGAAGCAAGGAUUGCCAAAAAUUAGAAAUGAGAAGUAGUCAAAACCAAAGCAAACCCGGGAAGCAUGAUUUACGGAUCGUUGACUUGCUGAUCGUUAUUAAAAGCAUAUAUCACAACAAAGAUGUAACUAUAAUCAAUUUAACAUUUAUUUACUUUAAAACAGGCAUAAAUGUUAUUUUAUAAAAGCAUAAAUAUUUUGUCACACUUUAUUUUAAGGUCCAGUUCUUGUUGUUAACAAUCAACUAUGAUUUUUACCUCAGUAAACUCCUAAUUUGCUGCUUAUUAAUAAUUCAUAAGGUAGUUUAGGUAUUGGGGGAUGUAGAUUCAGAAUGUGUCCAGACCGAUACAAAUAAAUUCAGGAUAUUUUUAAACGUUUUUGUACUAACUUUAUAAUGUUAUAACUAUCUCAACACUUUCUGUAAUAUCACAAAUCACCUAUAAAGACUUCAGAUGAGUUAUGUCAGGUUAUUAUUUUAGUAUUAUAGGUCAAAUGCUUAUUGCUUGAGAGUUUGUUCAUGACGUGAACCAUAUUGUCGCAUUUUCUGUUCUGUGGGCCUUUUUCUAUACAUUAGCAUGAAGCUCGCUGUGCGCCGAGAGUUGCUCUUGAGAGUAGGUUGAGAGUUGACUGUAAUUUUUCUGUUUUUCACUUUCUCUCUCUGUAGAGCAUCAGACACGCAGACACAACAACCUCCGGUGCCUCCGUGCAUCCAGACCGAAGCCAGCUGAAAGCAGCGGCGGAGCGAAGCGGCUGAUAUUGGGGGCAUGUGUGAGGACACAGGUGAAUCAGUUUUCCGGAUUAUUCAGACUGAGAACGAGAGACAUGUCGAUUUUGCGGAUAUUACGGAGUAGUGAAGGUCGGGCAGUGUUCCAGGGUGAAAGGUUUCAAGUAAGGGCCGGAGUCUAGCACGUGCUCCCCUCUUUGGUCCGGGGUGUAAGGGGCAGCAGCUUCUUCCCGUGGCUUCUCCUGACUUGGCCCAAACGGCCCCUCGUCAGCCGUGAACAGAUGUGUGUAAGUGCCAGUGUCGCUCAGCGCCGCCACAUCGGCCUCCAGCAGUUAGAAGCCAUAGCUGCCACCACACAUGGCUUUCUGGGUCCCAACAAACGGCCCAAGUUUAUCCAAGAUGAAGACGCCGGGGAUGCGAUAUUGGUCGGCUCCUGUUCACGUCUGCUUGAGAAUAUCGAGCUGCAAGGCUCGGUCGGACAACUGCUGCUUGAGACGGUCCAGGCCCAGCAGAAGCUCUUCCGCUCCGGGACGGGCACGCUGGUUUUUCUGGCCGGAGUCUGGAGUAGAGUUGCAUUAGAGUGCCUAAACAGAGGAAUAAGUGUGUUGGAUAUAAAAACAGCCAUGAGGAAAGGACUGGAGCUGUGUUUAGAGGUGUGCAAACAAUCUGCUGUAAAUGUGGAAGAAGUGUCUUGCCAGAAAGUAAAGGACUGCGGACCUAGUUCAGCUGUAAAAUCACACAUACAGGACACGGAGAUGCGGCUCAUGGAUGUUAAACACUCUCAGAAUAUCAAGUCGACACUAAAACACAGCAGACACUUUAGUUUCCAAACUGAAAACACACAAACAGCUCUGAAUGACGUAACACACAUAGCGCAAGCCGUCAGCCACGGAUGCGACUCCUCCAUGCGUUUAGUUAUAAAAGCAUGCAAGUUGCAAUCCGAAAACACAGAAAAUGCACAAAACGGAUCUUUGGAUGUUCAAAAACUGAUCACGUGCCUCGUUCCAGGCAUGUCCGAGGAGAAAUCAAGCGUGUUUCGGGGCUUUGUCACGUUGCUGUCAGCUGAACAGGCCUCUGUGGUUCGACGCCUUCAGAGUCAGGUGUUAAACAUCGCUUUGGUGAACGGCGAUUUGUGCGAGAAGUAUCGCCACGUGGGUUUCAACAGGCUCGGGAAUGUCGUGCACGUCACAGAUCACGCUAAGAUGUCUGGUGUGAGUCUGGAAGAGCGUUGGAUCGAGAACGCGUUAGGAAAACUGCACGAAUUCAGCGUAGAUGUUGUGCUUGUGAGCGGCACGGCUGGCGUGAAACUCAAAGACAGAGCUCUCGGGGCAAACGUCCUGGUUAUUGAAGGCGUUAAAAGCAGCGUUUUGAAGGACUUCGGCGCAUGCACGGGCGCCAUCCCGGUUUCGUACGUCACACAGAUUGACCAGAACUGCGUUGGACAGGGAGUUACAGUCAGCCAACGGCGAGAUUUGAGUGGACAUAACGACUUAGUCGCGAUCAGUGUUGUGACUGCAAGCACGUCUCUGGUCACAGCCAUCAUAAGCAGCUCUGUGUCUGCCAAACUGCAAAGCUUGGAGGAUCAGUUUUGGAGCUGCGCUCAUCGGUUGCACCGAGCUCUUGCAGACAGGCAGCUGUUGCGUGGUGCAGGGACCACCGAACUCCUGUGCAUUCGGCAGCUUCAUCAAUCUAAGCAGACGGAGAUGGAAAACCCACAGGAAGGUGUGGUGCUGGAGCUUAUGGCCGAAGCCUGGAUGGAUUAUGUUUCGACUCUGAUGAUGAACAGCGGGUCGGUGUGUUCUAAAGCAGAGGGUUGGACGGCUGUUGCCCAUCAGAUGAGACUUUAUAAAGAUGGAGAAGCUGUAUCGCUGGAUGCAGAUGCAGCUGGUGUGUAUGAUAACGUGGCUGUGAAGACCGAAGCGUGGAGAAGAGCUCUUGAUCUGGUGUUUCUGGUGCUUCAGUCUGACGCAGAGAUCAUUACAGGCGUUAGUGAAGGAGGAAAUGUUUACAAGGAGCUCAUGUAUCUUUGAUAUCUGUGGUAUAAUUCUUUUUUUGUUUUUUAAAUCAAAAUAGAAUUUAAACUCUUCACUUUGAAGAUGUCUUUUCUAUGCAAAUAAAAAUUUGCUACAAAACAUGAUGAGUGUUGUUCCAAAAAUGUGCAUAAAAAAUCUGUUUUGUUAAAUAAUUUGUGUUUAUUAUUUGUUUGUUUAUACAAAAAUACAUAUACGUUGGAAAAGUUGAAAUUAUUAAUCUGACAAAUGAUUACAGAAAAUGCCUAAAAAUUGUGUGAGAAAAAUUGU